AUGACAGAAGAGCUGAAGGAACUUGAGUCUCGCAUGUCAGAUGGUAAAACCUUCAACGUGGAAGAUGCUAAAAAGUUCUCCAGAUUGUCUAGUUUCACUACCGUGUACCAGGAGUAUCUUGGAGAGAAAAGUAACUACGAGGGUCUAGUAUCCAUGGCGAAUGACCCAGAAGAUGUUGAUCUACAGGCUGAAGCCAAGCUAGAGCUUGAAGAGAGUAUACCGAAAAUGGAUAAGCUAGCUUCUGGUGUGACAUCCAAAUUGCUGCCUCCGCAUGAGUUCUCCGAUAGAGGAUGUAUUUUGGAGCUGAGACCCGGUGCGGGUGGCCAGGAAGCUAUGAUAUUUACCCAAGACUUGCUCACCAUGUACUAUAAGUAUGCCCAGGUUCAUCGGUGGAAAUGUGAGAUUUUGUCGCAAAACGAAAGUACUUCUGGUGGUCUUGUAGACGGGUCUCUUUUGAUAGACCAUCCUGGUGCUUAUGAUAGGCUGAGACACGAGGCUGGUGUUCAUAGAGUUCAACGUGUUCCACAAACAGAGGUAAAGGGGAGAGUCCAUACAUCUACUGCGGCAGUGGUGGUGUUACCGAAGAUUGAGGAAGGUGCUGAUGAAGGAGAGAGAAAGUUUGCUGGUGAUGAGCUUCGAAUUGACGUAAUGAGGGCAAGUGGGUCAGGUGGUCAGCAUGUUAACACGACCGAGUCAGCAGUCAGAAUCACACACAUUCCAACUGGAAUAGUGGUGAUCAACCAGGAUGAGCGGUCACAGCAUAAAAAUAAGGCCAAGGCAUUGAUGGUGUUGAGAGCCAGACUGGCCGAGAAAGAGAGAUUGGAAAAAGUGCAGAAGGAAAGAGCUGAGAGAAGGGACCAGGUCUCCUCCACAGAUCGUUCUGACAAAAUCAGAACUUAUAAUUUCUCGCAAAACAGGGUUACUGAUCAUAGGUGUGGUCUUUCAUUGCACGAUCUAAGUGGAUGUAUGAAUGGUGAGAGUCUGGACCAGGUGAUAGAUGCCGUUGAGGCAAAGGAGACCGAGUUGCAGUCGCUAAGACUCAUUGAAGACUUGGAGCAUGUAAAUAAAUAG